AAGAAAAUGCAAGAAAGAAAAACAACUGUAUUAACUGUCUGAGAGGCUGGCUGGCAGCUUCAACAGCAAUGGCUGCAAUCUUCCAAACCCUGCUUCCCAUUUGUUAUUCCAGACAGGCCAUAUCCUCCCCUGCUCCAUGGACUCCCCUUAGACCACCCAUCUCAGAUUCCAUAGCCUCUUUGGCCAUUUCAAACUUAAAUAGGCGGCAAGGACAAGUGGCAGUCUCAGUUGCCUUCAAUCCAUCUGGGAAUUUUGACAUCUCUUUGUACGAUGAGGAAGAAGACACUAGUAAAGUUGAACCGCCAAUGCCACCAAGUGAAGGUCGAUUUGAAAUAGUUCUUGAUAAUGAUGUGAUUCGGGGUCUUGACUUAUCCCCAUUUCAUUCUGCAACUGGGAUUACCAAUCCUUCAUCAGCCAAGCCAAAAGAGUUUCUUGAACGUACAAUUGGCUUUACCAUUAACUAUACAAGAGAAGAUCCACGUGAUCCCAGAGAACUAUCAGAAUUCCCUGAUAUAAGACUCUGGUUUUUGAGACUUGAUGCCUCCUAUCCCUGGUUGCCUGUCCUCUUGGAUUGGCGAGCCGGAGAACUGGCUCGUUAUGCUGCCAUGUUGGUUCCACACCAGGUAUUGUAUUUUAUAACAAUGCCAUUGUGUCAGAGUUUGAGAGUGAGGAGGGGUUUACCAUUGUUUAAUGGAAUGACCUUUGAAAUCUUAUCUUUGCAGAUGAACACGAGGAUGGGGGUGGUCUUCAAUCCUGAGGCACUGGAACUAUUCGUUAUGCAGAAGGUUUUUAUUGUGUACUCAUGGUUGAAGCAACAUGACAUUCCAAAGCCUAGAUUGAAGACCAGUGACAUGGCUAGGAUGCUUGGGUUUGGAAUUGGAGAUGAGCUCUAUGACUUGAUCGAUAAACAUCCACUGAAAACAUCAUAAACAAGUCCCAACUUAGAGUUUCCUAAUGUCAUACAUGAUUGACAAAUAAAUACCCCGUCCCGGCAUUGAUGGUGAGCCUAAUUUACUGUCACAAGGAGUUGCACCCCUAUUCUUUGAUGGUGACAGUGAAUCGAUGUCACAGGGAAGCUGCUACUAAAACCAAUGAUUUACUAGAGCAGGAGAGGAUCCUUUCUUCAGUAGCACAAUGGUUCUUUCUAACUUCAACUUUUGAUACAGGUUUCAUCAAAUUCUAUUUCACAAAGUAAUUGUCUGAGAAAAGGUGGUUCAUAGAUGUUCAACAGAUACAUAUUGCCAUGAACUACUGGGUACUCCUUAGA